AUGGACGUUUCUCUCCACGACAUCGGCUAUUUGCUCAAGGUUCCCACGGGCGCUUUGUCCCUUGACGGAUCAAUCAUCUACUACAUUGAGGAAGAAGACGGCAGUCUCACAGAGAAUCACUGGACAGGAAUCGAAAUCAGCAACAACAUCUACAUCCCUUCCGAGGUGACGGCUUCUCCAGCUGCCAAAUACCUUCUAAACGAGGAUACUCGCCGCGUAUUCUUCCGCAACAAAGAAAACACCCUCCAAUGUGCCGAGUUCGACGACCUCGAGGACGAAUGGACAACCGUCAUUCUCCAGUCCGUGAAUCCCUUGACCCUGCAUCCUAACAGCCUCCUAAGCGGCUGCUUCGACCACGACGGACACCAGGUUCUCUUCCUCCAAGACCCCUCCGGCCAGCUGCAGGGCAUCCGCAUCAAACAGAAUGGCGAAUGUACUACCCUUCCUCCCCUCCCGUACAUACAGGAGCCAGGGCUCGUUCACACCGCUUAUGCAGGGGACAGCGGAGCGAUCCAUUUCCUGUACAUCGCCCGACACGAGGUUCAUCCAGCUAACACGUCGCCCCCAGAACAAAUUGUCCCAGGCAGCGGAUUCGGAGAACACAAAGUCACCCGGUUCACGGUGACCUCUACAGACGAAGUUGAGCAAGGGUAUCUCGGCCUCUCGGCCGCGGAUAAGGUCAUUUAUAUUGACCCGCAAGGCGAGACACGGGAGCUAGGACAGCUGGAUAAUAAGCGAUUUUCCGCCAAAUCGAGCGAGGAAUGUGCGGCCGAGAUAGUCAGACAGGGGGCAAAAAUUAUCAGGGCUGCUGCGGGGACGAAGGAUACUAAGUAG